CCUUCUGACUUCUUAACGUUUCUCUCUGUCUUGCCUGCGAGACAAUUUCCAACCAUGAGUACCUCGGCAAAAAGAAAGGCAGUGUCGCCAACUCCUGGAUCUUCACCUCCGGCGAGGCCGGCGCCUGCUGGCCCGACAUCUCCCGCCGCCGGAUCGCCGGAGGCUGCUGGCGUAUCAUCAUUUCCGGCCGCACCAGCCAACACAGAUGAUGCACUCACCGGUGCACAUUGGCUUCAACAGGGAAUGCCAGAAGAGGAUGAUCAAGACGCAGACUCCAGCCUGGGAAGCGAUGUCGAAAGCUCAACUGCUUCUAUCUCAUCGAGCAUUUUCAACUACCGUAUGAUCAAUGGUCGUACCUAUCACAGUGACGCUGUAACGGACAUAGAAUAUUGGGCGCCCAACGAUGAGAAGCAUCUCGACAGCUUGGAGAUUUAUUAUCAUGGUGUCGAGUUGCUCAACGACCAUCAGCUGCACAUGUCGCCGCUCAAAGACAAUAUCGAACGUGUUAUUGACAUCGGUACAGGCGCGGGCUUCUGGGCGAUUGAUUUCGCUGACAAGUAUCCCAACUGUGAGGUGAUUGGCACCGAUAUCUCGCCCAUGCAACCCAGCUGGGUGCCGCCCAAUCUAAACUUCGAGAUUAGUGAUGCCUCGAAAGAGUGGACUUACAAGCCGAACUAUUUCGAUCUUGUUCAUGUUCGAUUUUUUGUGGGCGCAAUCGAGGAUUGGAACGCGUUCUAUAGAGAGGCAUUCAAAGUCUGCAAGCCGGGUGGCUGGAUUGAACAUUACGACCAUUCGCCCGUUGUAACUUCUGACGACGGAAGCGUGGUCCCGGGGUCUGCUAUGGAUACGUAUGGCAAGGUGCUCGCGGAGGCUGCUCGGAGAAUUGGAAGAUCAGCUACCCUUGCCGACGACGAUACCAUGGAGGAAGGAUUGAAGGCGGCUGGGUUUGUUAACAUCCAGACGAAGAGGAUGAAAAUGCCGUUAUCUCCCUGGUCGGAUGACAAGAAGUUAAAGGAGGUCGGGCUGUGCGCUUAUUCCACACUCUCGGCAGAUGUCGAAGGCGUCGUCCAGUACCUGUUCGGUAACGUCAUGGGCUGGACGCCGGAGGAGAUCAGCGUGUUUGCUGCUCAUAUGCGCCGCGAGCUGAAGGACAAGAACAUCCAUGGAUACUACCAUUGGAAGUAUGUAUGGGCGCAGAAACCAGAGGACGCUCAGUAAUUUCAGGUGGUCGACCCAGGAGUGUCAUGGGAGCCGAGUAUACGGGGGCUGGCAGUUGUGUAUACUUUGGGAUGAAGAUUGUGUUGAUGUCGACUUGCAACGACUUUAAGCAAAGACGAAGACGAUGGAAAGCCCCGCGUGGGAAGGGAUAGCGAGAGGGGCCGUGAUAAUCAGUAGGAAAGGAAAAUUGAUGUCGCCAGGAGAAAACGUGAUCUUAUAGCUCGGGCUGUCACGGAAUAGCAUCUGCUUGCCGAAAACAUGUGUGUUUUGUUGAA